CAAAAAGAACCAACCCUUUAGCUCGCUCGUCGACGACGACUGCUUCACGUCCAACCUUUCUAUACCUUCCCUCCAGCGACCUCUUCGCUCCAAUCUUUCUGCUCCUGUUCCUCCUGACGAGACUCGUCAGAUCUCUCAUACAAGAUGGCUUAUAACGAUGCUUUCGGGACCUCCUCGGCCCAGAACCUGGCCCCCUUCCUGGCCCUCAGCCAGAAGGGAAAGAUCAUGGCCGAGUACAUCUGGAUCGACAGUGAGGGCGGUGUUCGAUCAAAGUCGCGGACCCUGGACGCCAAGUCUGGCGGUUACACACCCGCUGACCUCCCAACAUGGAACUUCGAUGGCUCCUCCACCGGCCAGGCCCCUGGCGACAACAGCGACGUCUACCUGAAGCCCGUCGCUGUCUACCCUGACCCCUUCCGCACUCAGGGCGGCGACAACAUUCUCGUCCUCACCGAGUGCUGGAUGUCCGAUGGCACACCUAACAAGUUCAACCACCGCCACGAGUGUGCUAAGCUGAUGGAGAAGCACGGCGCCCACAAGCCCUGGUUUGGCCUCGAGCAGGAGUACACCCUGCUCGACCUCAACGACCGCCCCUUCGGCUGGCCCGCCCACGGUUUCCCCGCCCCCCAGGGCCCUUACUACUGCGGUGUCGGCGCCGGCAAGGUCGUCCAACGUGACGUCGUCGAGGCCCACUACAAGGCCUGCCUGUACGCCGGCGUGAACAUCUCCGGCACCAACGCCGAGGUCAUGCCCGCCCAGUGGGAGUUCCAGGUCGGCCCUUGUGAAGGUAUCGACAUGGGCGACCAGCUCUGGCUUGCCCGUUUCCUGCUCCACCGCAUCGCCGAGGUCUUUGGUGCUCGCGUUUCCUUCGCGCCCAAGCCAAUCCCCGGUGACUGGAACGGUGCCGGUCUGCACAGCAACUUCUCCACUGAGGAGAUGCGUAAGGAGGGUGGCAUGAAGCACAUCGAGGCUGCCAUCAAGAAGCUCGAGGGCCGCCACAAGGAGCACAUCCUCGUCUACGGAGAGGGCAACGAGCUCCGUCUUACCGGCAGGCACGAGACCGGCGCCAUCGACCAGUUCACAUAUGGCGUCGCCAACCGUGGCUCCUCUAUCCGUAUUCCCCGCGAGUGCGCCGCCAAGGGCUACGGCUACUUCGAGGAUCGCCGCCCUGCCUCCAACGCUGACCCUUACCAGAUCAGCGGUAUCAUUAUGGAGACCAUUUUCGGCGCUGUCGAGUAGAAAGUAUACCUUUCUUGGGUCAUUGUUUCCUGUUGUAUAAGGGGGAAGAUUGUGUUGAGCAGAGGGACCUUACUGCAUACGGGUGGGUGAAACGAGAGUGCGAGAUGAGUCAUUCGAGCGAGAUCCAUGGUACUGGUUCCUUUUUUUCUUUUUUCAAUAAACCUGUUGCUUCUGGUCUAAGAGUGUAGCUAUACAAGAGCAGUACGCGGGGCAGAUAUCCGUAAGGAUUCGAGUUCGUGAGACUCGUAGAUAACCUGCAUAUGGAGAGAUUGGAGGUUAGAAUGAUGAAUCUUGUGGUGUGCG